GGGAGCCGGAAGGACGGACCCACUUCGCAGGGGCGUUCCGCUUUCUCGGGCCCCGCGGAGCCUGUCGGUUCGCAAGGUUCCCGGGCAGGGCGAUGACCGAGUACAAGCUGGUGGUGGUGGGAGCUGGUGGCGUUGGCAAAAGCGCCCUGACCAUUCAGCUCAUCCAGAACCACUUCGUGGACGAGUACGAUCCGACCAUAGAGGAUUCAUAUCGGAAACAGGUAGUUAUUGAUGGUGAGACCUGUUUGCUAGACAUUCUGGAUACUGCAGGGCAGGAGGAGUACAGUGCUAUGCGAGACCAGUACAUGAGAACUGGUGAAGGCUUCCUCUGUGUCUUUGCCAUUAAUAACAGCAAAUCAUUUGCUGAUAUCAAUCUCUACAGAGAGCAGAUUAAGAGAGUGAAAGAUUCAGAUGAUGUGCCAAUGGUGCUAGUGGGAAACAAGUGCGACUUGCCCACAAGGACAGUGGAUACAAAACAGGCUCAAGAACUAGCUAAGAGCUAUGGGAUCCCCUUCAUUGAGACGUCAGCCAAAACAAGACAGGGUGUCGAAGACGCUUUUUACACAUUGGUGAGAGAGAUCCGCCAAUACCGGAUGAAAAAGCUCAACAGUAGUGAAGAUGGGAAUCAAGGCUGUAUGGGAUUGUCAUGCAUUGUGAUGUGAUGAGCCACCAAGAAUACCUGGUUCAGAUGUAGCUGGAGGACAAGUCUUGAUGCCACUGUAAAGCAUCUCACGAUGAUACCCUGGUGCCAGCCAAGCAGUAUAAAGUCCUUUUCUGUGCUCCAUCUGAAGAGAACAUCUCUGAACAGCUACCUCCUUGCUCGGCUAACUGAGCAGAGAAAGCCGCGUCUGUUGAUGCACUUGGGAUUUCCUUUUUCUUUUUUUUCCUGGGUAGGUUCAAACAGAAAACUGGUCACAAGAAAAGCGAACUUUAAACACCGAAUACUGUGAAAAAGAUGACAACAUUUUUACCUCUAGAGUAGAUGCUAGAAGUGAUGUUUGUUUCCUUUGUAUCAGAUUAAGACCUGGGGAGGAAUAGCUCAGGCAGGGAGGGGUAGCUCAGUGGUUUGAGCAUUGGCCUGCUAAACCCAGGGUUGUGAGUUCAAUCCUUGAGGGGGCCACUUAGGGAUCUGGGGCAAAAAUCAGUACUUGGUCCUGCUAGUGAAGUCAGGGGGCUGGACUCGAUGACCUUUCAGGGUCCCUUCCAGUUCUAGGAGAUAGGGUAUCUCCAUAUAUUAUAUUAUUAUUAAGACCUGCAGGGCUAACUGAGAAAUGUCACUAAUCACUGACUGGCAGAUAAUGUCAGAAAUGGCUUUGCCACUGUUUCUUAAUACUCUGCUACCUGUUCCAGAUUGGUAUCUGCCCUCUGUGUGCCCCACACAGCCUACUCACAGCACACCAUUGUGUCAUGCCGUUUACUCCGAUCCUCUAUCUUUCUGUAAUAAAAAGGAGAGAUCUUUGUUAA